UAUGUUUUAUCACUGAUAUACUAUAUAAUCAUGGACCAUGAAAACAUAGGUGUUGACAUAAUCUUUGGCUCCCUAGCUGAAAAUGUUCAGGGCCCCAAACUGUACAAGUGUACCAAGUUUCAUGCUUUUAUGAAAAGUUAAAAAGUGCACCUAAAUUGUGCAGAUAUUUCCUGGACCACAUUUAAAUCUUGCUUGGUAGUAUGCCAGAAGAGAUUAGCAGUGAGUGAUGUUUUUGUACUUUUUGAAAAAAACAUAUUGUUUAGUAUGAUUGCAUGCAUGUGAUUUCAGCUUUAGUACAGUCCUGCCUUCAGGACUAUGUAACCAGUUUUAUAAAAUUAAAAACUUUCCAGUGAUAUGUUUCUCUUGAAUUCUGAUUUCUGUCAGAAGACAUGUUUCCACAGGUGAGGCACACCCACCAAAAGACUGAGCAGAUGGCCAUGCAGGCUAAUGAUGGAGCUGACCUGGACACCCAGUUGGCAUGUAAGGAGAAAGAGUGGAAGGAGCUCCAGACCCUACGGGUCCAGCAGCAGGAUAUGUCCCUCCGUGAUGCCCAGGAACAGCUCUCUCUCCUCAGGGAACGCUUCCAGCAGCUCAAGGAGGACUUCUGCUUUAACCUGGCCGUGCUGGAGGAGAGAGACAGAGAGCUGGAGAGAUAUGACGCCAUGGCUGCCCGCGCACAGGCCACAGAGACUGCCAGGCAGGAGGAGUUGAGUCAGUUACGUAUCCAGAUAGCCAAGCUGCAGGAGGAGAGGGAGAGCGAAGCAAGAGAGGUGAGACACAGCCAGCAGAGAGCUGCCGAACACAGGCUGCAGCUAGAGAGGCUCCAGAGCGGUCAGGCUGGGGACCUUCAGAAGCAGAGAGCGGAGUACGACGGGAUGAAACGAGAUCUCCAACGCAGAGUCCAGGAGGUGGACGGACAGCUGGCUCUACAGAAGCAGGAGAUGAUGACAGACUUUGAUAAUGAGAUGAGGCAGAGAGAGCAUGAGUUCAACCUGAGGAUGGAUGAGAUGAGAGCCGUGGUCCUGUCUCACGAACUCAGGGUGAAGCUGCUCUCUAAGGAAACAGAGGUCCACUCCCAGGCCCAGGCUCAGGCUGUGGAGGCCCUGAAGGCCUCAGAGGAUCUCUGUCAGCACACACACACACAGCUACAGCACAGACACUGGGAGAUAAAGGACAUCACUGCCGUCAAGGACGCAAGGAUAAAGGAGCUAGUGGACAAAAUAAAAGCUCUACAGACCAAGAGGAAGAGAGAGGAGGAAGUCUACAACAAGAAGCAUGAGCAAUUGGACCGGGGAGUGCGUGAGAGAGAGGCUCAGCUGGAUGCGUUAAAGGACGCUCACAGAGAACAGCUACGACAGGCGGAGACACAUAGCGGUCAGCUACAGUCAAAACUGGAAGCCAUGGCAACACACACACACAGGACCCAGAGAGACCACGAGGACACACUGCGAGAGAGAGAUCAACAGAUAGACAGGCUUCGUAUGGAGCUGGAGACGACUCGUAGUGGCUGGGACACGUACAUCACUCAGAUCUCUAAGGAGACGGUUUUUAAGGACACAGAACUGCUAGCCCUGCAGGAGAUAGAAAGCAAAUUACGGACCGAACUUGAUCGGAGCAGGGGGGAGACAGAAAGGUACAAGCAGCAGCUGUUUGUGGGUGUGGAGCGAGAGAAGGCUCUAGAGCAGAGAAGAAUCCAGGUGGAGCUGGAGUGGCAGAGACGCUGCGAAGACAACAAGACUGAACACUACUUGCACAGUGAAGAGUUAAUACAGGGCCUGACACAGGCCAGAGACCAGGCUAGUGCGGAGCUGAGAGAGAAGGAGAGAGAACUACAGGACAUGGCGGUACUACUGCACACUGUUACCAAGGAGAGAGACCAGGCCCUGGGUCUGCCAAUCAGAGAACAGCUAUCUGCACUGCAGGGCCACAGACCUGGUGGUGGUGUCUCUGUAGGAGAGCUGCCCUCCGACGAGAUCCAUCGGCUGCAGCAGCAGAACAGCAGUCUGAGGGCUGUCAUAGCCCAGAUGAGGAGGGACAUGGAGGAUCUCAGCCAGCCUUCUCAUCCUCCAGGACCCCCUGACACCUCCACCCAGAUCCCUAAAGGACCUCUACCCCAGCUUCCAACACAGAACUCAGCCAAGCCAACUGACAGCACUGCACAGCCCAGCCUGGCAGUGGUAGGUACCCCAGAGUAUACCCAGGUUCUAGAAGAGGAGGUAGCAGAACUGAAGGCCAGGUGUAGGCGCUUAGAGGACCAGCUAGAGGGCUCCACCAGACCCCAGAACACUGCCACGGUUACCCCGGCAACCACACUCAUCCCCAUCGCCCCCGACAACGCAUACCUCCAGAACCACAUCCGCUCCCUCAACGAGACCAUCGGUGGCCAGCGAGUAGAGAAGGUGGCCAACACAGCAGCUCUGAGGAAACAGGAGGUCAGGGUAGCUCACCUGGAGGCUGCCCUGGCCUCGCUCACCAAACAGUGCCACACCAAACAGAUGGAGGGGGAGGAGCUGCGUCUGGAGCUAGCCAAUCAGAAGAGGAGCUGGUCGUCUGAGGAGAGAGGACUACGUCAGCGUUUGGUUGUCGUGGAGAUGGAGCUGGAGGAAGUGAGGCGGGAGAAAGAGGAGUACCAGAAAGGAAGCAUCCUCAACAACCUGGAAACUGUUGCCCUGGGCAACCAGGUGUCUGCACUGAAGAUUGACAUCGCCAGCAGAAGGGAUCCCAUCGUCUGUGAAGAGAGUGAAAUGGUGAGGCAGCUCCAGGAGGAAAACCUGUGUUUGAGGCAACAGCAGCUGUCCCUGGGCCUGAGGUCCGUUGGGGCAGGCGGGUACGGGCCAGGGUGUGGGGGGGUACAGGGGGGUAAGCUCAGUGCCCCUCUCAAUGCCCAUCUCCUUCAGUCCAAACUGAAGCAAGCAGUGCAGUGUAUCGCCCGUCUGACCAGGGACAAACAGCAACUGAUUGAGAUGGGCAACAGGCUUCGGGCACAACUGACCGACGCUGGACUGGAGGUUCUUCAGUCUGCUCCCAAAACCUCUCUAAACCCAGUGUCUAUGGAGCCAGAGAGAGACCCAUCUAGAGACACCCAGCACCAGCAGGGUCGGCUUUCUGCCCUAGAACAACUGCAGUACCAGCUCACCACACAGGAGCUGCAGUAUGCCCAGAGGGAGCAGAGGAAGGGGGCUCCUAUCAUGGUGAGGCCUCUCCUCUCAGAGAGCAAGAGUGGAGACAGAGACAGGGUCAUCAACCCCUGGGGCCAGGGGCACAAGGACUCAGACAGACAUGAGCGUCCUAGGACUAAAGAGAACACCCCACCUAUCAGCAAAUCCCAGAGCUCCCUGCAGCUGGACCUCGGGUCACGAACCGCUUCCAGCCCGUCAGGUCCUCUACUGCUGUCGUCGGUGGUGACUGAGGGUUCACUAAGGGAGGUGUGGCAGAUACUAGACAGAGGUCUCAGCCCCUCCAUACUCACACCCCGGGAGAGCUGUUCUGAGAGAGGUGAUGGUGAGCUGAAUGAACCUAGCCCUGGGGACCAGGCAGUGGGGGUGAAGGGGUGCAGAGCACCUGUCCUGGAGAGGAUGACACCAGCCAGGCCGUCUGCCACCGCCAGGAAGACCAAGACUAGUGCGAGGGGGGGCAAGAUCAGGAACUACAAUAUCAAAGACUGAUGGAGACUUUCUGGUAGGCUAACAGAAUUCAACACAAUUGGUAACUGUUGGUACCUGGUACCAAAUGUUGCCCUGUGGUGCUUGAUUUAACGAAUACCAACAUACUUAGUAGGUAGAAAUGACAAGUAAAUACCUUGUCAUUUCUGUACUGUAAACUAGAGUGUUACUAUAAUAUCAGAGGCUAAUGCAGAAGGUAAUAGAUAUUGCGUGGGUGGUGCCAGGCUGGUUCUGCUCUAGCCAGGCUAGUUUGUCUUGGCAUGGCCACCAGGGGAGUGGUGCUGACAGCAGAUCCAGUCUGGCACCCAGAUUAGGUAGAUAGUAACUAUCUGCUCAGGCCAGGGGGAACCACUUGGCCUUACACCUCAGGAAAGAGAGGAUUCAUUGAAGUUCUUACUGGGCUUCCUUUCACUGAUGCUCACACUGAAAAGCACAAUUUUGUACCUUCUCAUGUUUUUCUCUCACCAUGACAAAUCAACUGUUAGGUGCUCUUGUUGUAUGGGUCCUGAACAGGCCUUGAUAUCUGUGUUGAUUUUUAUACCAAAUCAUGAAGUUGUGAUUGUUCCAAUAAAACAUUAAUUCAAAUUUUAA